CCGAGCGGCGCCGGAAUCGGCCGAAGAGUCGACCUACACACGCAGCGGCUGCGAGAGCCCGAGUCGAGGCGAGCGCAGCAGCGCGACGGCGGCGGCGAAAGGAACGAGCGUUCGAGAGAGAGAGAGAGAGAGAGAGAGAGAGAGAGAGAGAGCAAGAGAGACGGAGCGAGCGAGAGCGCACGGCACGGGGGCCCCAGAAUGCAUUGAGCCACCACGGCAUGUGCCUUUCUUCGUGCGUCGGCCAUUUUGUAGUUUCCUCGAGGAAAUCGCGCUGCUGUCGCCGCUGCCGCUGCUCAUAGAGAGACAGACAGGCGACGAGCCCAGCGCAGGCAGCCCUCCUCCUCGUCGAGCAGCCGCCGGGAAGCAGACGGAGUGCGCCGCUAGCAGUGGUAAGCUGUGCGUCAGUUGUCGUCGCCGCCGUCGUCGUCGGAAAGAGAAGCUGCUCGCUGCGAGUUGCCGUCGUGUGCUCUCUCGCUACUGCAUACAUAGAGAGAGAGAGAGAGAGAGCUGCGAGACUCGGAGAGCAGUGUGCGUGUGUGUGAGUGCUGUGCAAUAUAUAAUAUUAUAGAGAGACGCCUAUGAGAAACUCGUGUUGUGAGACUACGUCGGGACAAUAAAGUUACUUACUGCCGAGUGACAGUGUUCUUUAAAGGGCUCCGCGGACUCGCGCGAGUGCAGCAUUUAGCCGCCGUUCGUUCCUCGCUCUCUCUCUCUCUCUCUCUCUCUUUCUCACUUCAUACACCCGAGAGAUUCUACGUAUAGCAGCAGUCAGUCCUCUGCCUAGCUCCGUCUCUCUCACUCUCAGUACUCGACUCCCCAUCUUUCUCUCUCUCUCUCUCUCUCUCUCUGGCUAUCUCUCUCUCUAGUUCGUACGUUCCAUCGUUCUCGGCUCUCGGUGUGUGCUGCUGCUGCGGCUGGCUCUUUUCGAACAGCUCGGCUGCCUCGUGUGUGCUUGCUGCGUGCUCGGAGCUCGGGGAGCCAGCUCUCUCACUCUCUCUAAAAGGGACAGUCCGCGCAGCGCUACAACGACGAGCAUCGGCCGCCCGCAACACGACGACGACGCAGUCACUUGGAGGACAGACACGGCUGCGUGGAGCAGCAGCAGCAGAGCCAAUCAAUUGGGUCUGUCAUUUUACCCAGGCUACGUGUACAUGAAUGGGGACAUUGGGAAGCUCCCAGCAGGGGCCGGUUACCCAGCCAGCCCUGAAGCCUUGGCAACCAUUGGAACUAGUGCUCCUGCUCUAGACUAUAGCGUCAUGAACGGAGGAGCGCCUGCCGGAGAACUGAUGCUGGACACGGGUGUGGGCAGCCUGGAGCCUUUGCCCCAACUUGCCAUGGGUAUGGGAGGCGCUGUUGGCUAUGCACCCAUCGAGAUGGCACCUCUCACCGAUGUCACUGUACCGCCAAACCAGAUGGGCGAACACUCCACGCCAAACAUGCCCCUUGAUCAACUCAAACAGAUGCUCUCUUCCCAGCUUGAAUACUACUUUUCCCGAGAGAAUUUAGCUAACGAUGCAUAUUUAUUAUCGCAAAUGGAUAAUGACCAAUAUGUACCCAUAUGGACAGUAGCUAACUUUAACCAAGUCAAAAAGUUGACAACAGACAUAAAAUUGAUAACAGAGGUGCUCAGAGAGUCACCUAAUGUUCAAGUUGAUGAAGAAGGCCAAAAAGUCAGACCAAACCACAAGCGAUGUAUAGUAAUACUUCGUGAAAUACCUGAUAGCACUCCACUCGAAGAUGUAAAGAAUUUAUUCUCUGGAGAAGGUUGUCCCAGGUUUAUUUCAUGUGAGUUUGCUCAUAACAGUUCAUGGUAUGUUACUUUUGAGUCUGAUGAAGAUGCUCAGAAGGCCUAUAGGUUUUUAAGAGAGGAAGUUCGCGAAUUUCAGGGAAAACCAAUCAUGGCUCGCAUCAAAGCUAAACCAAUGAAUAGGCUACCAAUACCAGCAGUGACAAAUGUUGGUGGAAUGAAAAAUGGUUACAGAACCCCACCUCCACCACCAGUGUUUGAUCCCAGUAGUUAUCCAACUGGACAACAACGAUUCCUAUACACAAACGGUACGACGAUGCCACAAACUACAAUGCCGCCAUAUCCGAAUCAAGUACAUGUUUACCAUCCUCCAUUUUAUCACGCGGGGAUGAUGCCCUGGGGCCCUGCCAGUCCAGCUUACUUUGACAUGACUAGUGUCUUUACCAUGAACGGAAUUGCUUCCCACAGCUCCUUCAAACCACACAACGCGCGAUUCAAUCAACGAAAUAAGUUCGGAUUGAAUAAUAACAACGACUUUUUUGUACGCAGCAACACUUAUUCUCGGAAUAAGCAGAGGAACGGUUCUGAUAGAAGCGGCCUGAUGGAUAGCGGAGGUAACAUGGUACCGAUGACUAGAACCUCGCAUCCUCCAUUGAGUGGAGGUCCUGUAUCUAUAGGAGUGGCUGCGCCAACCCUCUCAAAUAUCUUGCCCAGUGCAAAACCAAUAUCUUCUUCCUAUCCAACUGGCACAAAGUUCCAGUCCUCCCAUACACCCAACGUUGUUGGAGAGGCUCAAUAUACUAGCAGUCAUGCUAAUAAAGGAUCACAGGAGAGCGACGCUCAGGCUCAAGACUCAACAAUCCAGUUUCCGCGUCAUCGUACACACCGCAGGACCAAAGACCAAGAGACACUGUCCAAGGCCAAUAGCAGCAGCAACUCUCUACCGUCGAUUAGAGAGGCUUCUGGGCCUAGCAGCAGCACUAGCAGCACACAGCAUAACCGAGGAGUCCAAUUCGACUUGGAGGCAGCGGCUUUUCCUCCUCUGCCAGGCCUCGACGUCAACGCCUCGAAACCCCAUAAUUCCUCAAGCGAAUCUACGAACCCUGACAGCACACAGUCGCAAAACAGGCUCUCCGACGUAGUCAAAGGCACUGCAAAGCUGAAGAGCACAAACAAAGAUAAAGAUCCGCAGCAGGCACAGCAACAGCAACAUCAGCAACAGUCGACGGGACCCGUAACGUCACCACCUCAGUACCAUCACCACAAUCAGCAAUAUCAUCAGCCUCAGCACCAUCAGCAGCAUCACCAGCCGCAUCAACAGCACCAUGUGCAUCACCAACAUCACCAUCACCAACAGCAGCACCAUCACCAGCCGCAUCAACAGCACCACCACCAUCAUCAGCACCAAGCGCUGAUAAAUAGCCAAAAUAGCAGGUCAACAAGCCCGGGUAAUCAGCAGCAACACCAUCAUCAACGAGUGUCAUCAGAAGCUGCUGCUGCCGCGGCCUCAUCGUCGGCAGCGGCGGCGCCGUCGAACUCAAAUACUCCUGCUAACAACAACGGCGACUCGGACGUCGCCCUCGGCACCGUCACGCUCACUCCCCCGUCAUCUCCCGAUAAAUCUAUUAAGACUGACGACUCGAACAUGGUGAAUGGCGUGGACGAGGCCAUAAGUACAAACGCACUAGCGGCGACAAGCGCCUUCGUGCCGGAAGAUACUGAUUCAGUAAACAUCAGGUGCGAUUGUGACAACAUCCCUAUCCAGAAUACCCAGUCACAUUCUGGUCUGGCAUCAGCCUGUUCGACGGACCUUGCGAGGCCGAGCUAUGCCCAAGUAGCUCAACACAGUCGCGAGCAGUCAUGUGCGAAGCACAAAAACGACGAAAGGAAUGGAAGCGCGUAAGGGGACGUGUGACUAGAGCUCUCGCUGAGUUUGAUGCUACCACUGCUCCGCUGUUGCCGCUACCGAUCGUCGUCUCUGUGCUGCAAUGAACGCGGCCGAAAAUUCGCCUGGCAUGGACUGCUGCUGCUACGAAAGAGGAGCUACCCACACAGGACGUGAGUGUGUAUGUGUGCGUGCGUGAUUAGAAAAAGAAAGAGAGAAAAACUCUGCAUAACUACACGCAUUUGGAAUGUACUCACGUGCAUAUGUAUACCGAUGUGUCUAAAGGCAUGAGUUACCACGGAAUCCGCUCUCAGGCUCCAAAUGUGUUGAGCUCCCAGAGAGAGAGAGAGAGAGAGAGUUGAGACUCUCGCUGCGCUCGUCGACGAGCACGCGUGAACACAUGUGGAGAGCCAAAAGCUUCUUACAUUGUACAGUGACUUCGCCUACGCUGAUUGACACGGUAUCGAUGGACAGAAACAAAAGAAACAAAAAAUGAAAAAAAAAUUAUAAUAAUGAUAUACUUAGAUUAUAGACCAGAGAGACUUCUGAUUAGAUGAAAUGAUUUGGUAGAGAACGGACGAAUGGCGCUUUUAAUAAUGUCUCGACGAUUUAAAGAGAAUUAUUAGAUAGAAGUUUCGCUGACAGAAUUAAAAUACCAAUAUACACAAACAGAUACACACAUACACGUGUAGAAGAAAAUAUUGUUAUCGCUUUGGUUCUGUGAUUUUGGAGGUAAAUAUUUGUUAGCUUGUAAAAACGUUAAACUAAGAUGUUACAACUUUUAAUUCCUUUCUUCAAUCUUCUCCCCCCUUAUCACCAUACAAACCUAACCAUGGCGCAGGGCUGUAACUGAGAAAGUGUUUAUUCUUGUGCCAAACCCCUUUGUAUGCGGGUGUAUAUAUACGCAUACAUGUACGCUAGAAUGCGUAUGCAUAUGUAUAUACGUAUGUAUCUAUGUGUGUGCAUAUAUACCGGGCUCUUCGAGCGGAGCAUGCGCAUCUUUAAGAAUGCAACGAAUUUCUCUUAUUUGAAUUUUUGCUUUUGUUUAGCGAGAGAAAUAUUAUGAUGAAGGAAAAAUUAAGAAAGAAGCAAACUUUUCUCAGUGUGAUCGAGAAUAUUAUAGCAUAAUUUUUACGUUCGCUAAUUUAAUGCACAUGGAUUAUAAGAUUUGUUUGAGUUAUACCGCUUGUUUCCCCUUUUAACGACUUAAAAAGCUGCAUGUCAUAUAUUAUAUACAUAUUAUAUUCAUUUUAUUAUUCUAUUAUAUAAAAGUUUAAUGAUAUAUUUUCCAGAAUAUUGAUCAGUUACCAAAUAUUCUACUAUGGGAAUUUCGUAAACAUUUUUAUUUUCAAGCGUGGAAGAUAAAAUGGAAUUUUUUUUUCAUUGAAUUACAAUUUUAUUUUAAUUGUAUCAAUUCGAUAACUCUUAUUAGCUUGUGCGUCGACGUACAAGGGCAAUUAAAAUUGUAACGAAAGAAUUUUUAAACAUGGUAUACGCCUACUAUUAUGUCUUGAAAAUUCGUACACUGCUAUUUCAGAGUAAAUAGCAAACUGUUUUUGCAGCCAUAUUAGGAAUCAAAAAGGGGACAUGUAUUUUUAUUAUUUAGAUGUAAACUAUAGUGAUUAAAGUUCAUACAAGUAUAUAGAAUGAAAAAUAUGACAAAAAAUGUAUAUAUGAUAAGAUUAACGGGAAUAGUUAUGGCUAACAAAAAACAGUCUCGAAAUUUACGAUUUCAUCAUUGUUCUGAAACACGUAAACUAGUCUGUAUAGAAGCUUUAAGAGUCGGAAAAUUAUAAGAGCGAGGGCAUGAAAUAAAAGAUUCGAAGUACUUUCGAAAUUUAGACGAGUUUAUCGUGAAUAUUUAAUAUUUUUCUGGAGACGAAAUACUUUCAGAAAUACAAAGACUUAAAUUCACUGGUUGAAUUAUACGUAGCUAUUGAUUAGAUAUCGAUAUUCUGGAAAAUAACUGUUCGCAACUGUCGAUUUGAUCGAAAUUUUUCUGUUUUUUCGAAGCUAAACAGCUAGUCAAAUCCUUAUAAAUCAUUCACACUGUUCAUAA